AACUAACGACCUCCCUCUCACGCACCCGCCCCACUCUCCCCAUGCGUCCCUCUUUGUCCAGGUAUUGGCUGCCUGCUCGCCUCGAUGCUCCCCUCACAGACCUUCUGAAUCGCGGUCGGCUCUUUGUUGGCCAGAAGAUACAGGUGUGUGGCGCGGUGCUGAAUGGCUGCAUGGAAGGCCUCCCUCCCCUCGAGGCGUGCACAGCAGCAACGCUCGCCCUUCACUUCAACGGCACCUUCCCAGCUCACUGGUCCACCAAGCUGGGCUUCUAUUUUCCACCCUUUCUGUCUCCCUGCUGCUCUCUAUCUAUUCCUCUUCGCUCCUCCCUCCCCCUCCUCAUCUCCCCAUGUGCUUCCCCUCAUCCCUCUGCUCUUCUCCCUCUGCCCUCCCCCGCUACAGGCCGACAGAAGCCGCCUGUCCCAAUGGCACUGCGCAGGGUGCGGGAGGACGGGGGAGCUAUCCCCCUCACGUGUGUGGCCAUUGCACGGGUCUAUCCUGCAAUGUACUGGGAGAAGAACACCGCAAGGAAAGCUGAUGCGGAUGCUGCUGCUGCUGCUGCUGUUGUGCCCGGUGGUACGAUGCGCUCAGCUAGGGCUGAAGCAGUGGCAGCUCGUGACUUUGAGAAGAGGGCGGAGAGGGAGGGGGGUCGUUUGUUGUUGGAGUUUGAUGCUAGUGGUGAUCCGGAGUCGUUCUUGGGUGGGCUGACUGCUGAGCAACGUGGUGCCAUGGAAAGAGCUCAGCUGCAGAGAGUGGAGAAGCGGAGGGCGGCAGUGCAGGAGGCGGUAGAUGACGCAUUGGCAGAUGAAGGGUUGAAGGAGCGGGACGUGUGCCCUGUGGUGAAAGUGCGGGUGGUGGGACUCACUGGGAAGCGAUCCAGGGAGGAGAGGGAGGAGGGGACAGGAGAUGACGAGGAGGGGGAGUGGAGCAAGAGGGUGCGGCAAGGGGAAGGGAUGAUCAGCAUUUGGCGGCCCAGUGACGAGCAGCUGCAAGAGCUGGUGGAAGGAGGCGUGUAUCUGGUGGCGGGCCUUCAGCCGUCCGCCACGCGGCGUGAUGCAAUUGGUCCGCUGCUCUCCCUCAACGCCAGCCGGUCAACCAGGUGGCGCCGACUUGAACCAUCGACUGUUCAGAGAAGCCUCAGCUUCUCUUUCCCCCCUCGUCAGUGGACCCCCCUCGCCUCGUUGCCUGCCACUCCCCCGGGCAGGGAGGUGGACGUGGUGGCACUGGUGCUGGCCGUGGGGCAGCCGCGUGCCGUGGGGGCGUGGCAGACGGGGCAGUGGCUUCUGCUGCUUGAUGGCUCGGGGGAGAGAGAGCAUUGUGAGAAUGGGGGAGAUAUGGAGGGAAGAGGUGUCUCAGGGAGAGAAGGGGGAGAGCACGGAGCAGCCAUGUUGAAUGGGGGAGGAGAAGGAUGGGGGGGAUCCAACAGGAGGCCGGCGGAUGGAUGGCGGCCACGAAGAGGGGGUGAAUCUUCACUGAUAGGUCCGACUGCAGUGAGAGCGCCAGCAGCAGUGGCAGCAGGAGCGCAGGCACGGGCAGGAGGGGGAGCGGAGGUACCACUGAGUGUGGCGACGGGGGGGAUGCGCGGACAGAAUGGCGGUGGAGCAGUGGCUGGCAGGGGGGAUGGGGGGGCAGCAGUGGUAGCUGUGCAGGUGUUGGCUGGGGAGAGGGCGUCUGUGCCACUCGAUCCGUCCCUCACGGGUUCCAUACCCAUUUUCCUGAUUUGUCCACAUUGCCUCUCGCCCUUCCCUCCCCCUCGACCACUUAUUAUCUGUUGCCCCCCUCCCCCCCCUCCCCCCCCCACCCCUUCAACCCUCCCCUCCCCUUUUCCCGCCCUUCCUGCCCCUUUCCGUCCUAACCCCAAAACCACCACUCCCCCCUCCCCCCUUCCCCAACCUCACCCCUGUCAUUUUUCAUCUGAAGGUAUCCUGGCGGAAUCUUAUACGAAGACUCGCUGGAAGCCGUCGAGUCCGCCGAGCAAGCGCGCGAGGCUGCGCGAGUUCAAGCACUGCAUUCCCCACGACGGGCACGAGUGGCUCAAGUACGGCCAGAAGGACAUCUCAGGCGGCCGCUUCUCACGGCAUUAUUUCCGCUGCAGCCACUCCGACAACGGCGGACGCCGCUGCCCUGCGCGCCGAGUGGUCGACGUGCACACGCAUUUCGGCCAGCCUGGCGCCUCUGACAUUGCUCCACGUGUCACCUACUCGGGCAAGCACAACCACGCGCAGCCUGCCUCUCGCACCCCCUCCGAGAACGAGUCUCUGUUAACGAAUCCCACAUUCCCUACAGAGCGCGCCAAUCUCACUGCUACUGGUAGUAUGCGGGAGCAGCUUGCAAUCACAGGUCACAUGUUCCCGCUCCCGCGUGCACAGCUGCAGCAUUCUCCAUGCUCUGAGAAGCGGCAGCACCAUGCGACCACACUCGACCUAUCUGUGAUUCGCAGCGGCUUGGCGAAGGAAGAUGGCGAGAGGUGUGACAUCUCGUGCCCGCUCACACCCACCACGCCCAGCUCGCCACCACCGCUGUCCCCGCCACUGUCCGCCCCGCUGUCUCCGCAGUCGUCCCCAGCGCCUUCCACGCCGGUUUCCCCGCGGACUCCCGUUUGGCUCUGGGCGAUCCACGACGCAAUCAAGUACGUGUACUUCCAUACCCGCGUCUAUGCUUCAGCUGCAGAGAAAACGUCGUCCACGGCGAACUCGAAAGAUACGCCCGAGACUCCGACCACUCCUGCGACACCGGCGACUCCUGCGACUCCAGCGACGGCAUCGGAUGCGGUCUCAACCAAAGGCGACGUGAAACCAGAGGAACCACAAAAGGCCGUUCAGGCGACUCAGGCGACGCAAGCGACUGCGCCAGAACAGUCGGCUCAGGCAAAUGCUUCGUCGAAUGGGGGAGCUGGCGGAGGAGGAGGGGGAAAGAAGAAGAACAAGAAAAAGGCAUCCUCUGAAGCCGUCGGUGUGCAAGCUCCCGCAACUGCCACACCACAAGCCUCAGCAGAUGCUGAUUCGUCAGCUUCAGCUGCAUCCCAGCCCAAGGAUGGAGGGGAGGUCAUGCUGGCAGCUGCAGCAGCAGUAGUCGCUGCGGCCGCCGUCUCUGUUGCUCCCGAGCCAACCCCUGAGCCGUCACCAGAGCCUGCACCUUCAGCCCCUGAACCUGCACCAGCAGUCCCUGAGCCUGCACCUGAAGCACCUGAGCCUACACCUGCAGUCCCUGAGCCUGCACCAGCAGUCCCUGAACCUGUACCCGAAGCACCUGAACCUGCACCAGCAGCCCCUGAGCCUGCACCUGAAGCAUCUGAACCUGCGCCAGCAGCCCCUGAAUCUGAACCUGCACCAGCAGAACCUGAGCCUGCUCCUAAAGCACCUGAGCCAGUGCCUGCAGCCCCUGCAGCCCCUGAGCCUGCUCCAGAGGCCACACCGGUAUCAUCUGAGCCUGCACCAGCAGCACCUGAACCAACGCCUGCUGCACCUAUAACAGCACCUACACCGAUUCCUGAACCAGCAGCCGUCACGGCGGCACCGCCUGCAGUUGAAGAGAAACAACCAGAAUCAGAGGCCAAGAUUGCAGUCACAGAAAGCAACAGCAGCACUGCAGAAUAUGCAAGGGAAGGGGCUGGGGGUGGUGCAGAGAAGCAGGGUUCUGCUGGCACGGCAGCGGCAGUGGCUGCUGCUGGGUCAUCAUCGUCUGGGGGGGUUGCGGAAGAAACGAAGGCUGUGGUUUCAGAAACGAGGUCGAGCUCAGGAAGUGAGGCUGGGAAGCCAGUGGAGGAGGAUAAGGAUCGGAACGGUGUGCAGGGAGAGAAACCAGUCGCCACCUGCCAGGAGCCAAUUGAGAUCAUUGAGCCGAAGCCACUACCUAACUGCUCUGCACUUAUCUGCUGGAUCUUUGGCUGGACUGUGUAA